GCCCCACUUAGUGCCAGUUCUCUCAGAAUGCUGUUCGUGAUUGCAUUGCUCUGUUUUGGUGUUCUCCAAGCCACGGGGCUCCCUGUCCCAGCUCCAGUCUCAGUAACAGUGGAACCUCAAACCACCAAGCCAUCCAUAAGGACUUCGUAUGCAAAUUAUAAGGUGUUUCGGGUGGGAAUCCACACUAAAAGUCACUUUGAAGUGAUCGAAUUUCUGCUGUCUGAUCCCGAGAUGUAUAAUUUGUGGCGCAUAGGCAAGAACGAGGUGGACAUAAUGGUACAUCCAAGGGUGCUACAAGAAUUUAACAACACGGUGACGAAGGAGUCGUUUAAUGUGCAGCUGUUGGUGCCCGAUGUUCAAAAACUCAUAGAUGCAGAGAAGGCAAGGAAAUAAAAGAGACCUAGUACAUUUUCAUAGA